AUAAAAUUAGUCAGAGCAGAACAAUGAAUGACCGAGAACUUGAUCUCACUGAAGAGCAAAAAGCACUUAAAGCUAAAUAUCCUCCAAUCACCAAGAAAUAUGAGUAUCUCGACCACACUGCAGACGUCCAGAUUCAUUCAUGGGGUAACUCUCUAGAGGAGGCCUUUGAGCAGUGUGCCAUGGGCAUGUUUGGCUACAUGACGGAUACAGAAACGGUGGAGCCCAUCGAUACUGUAGAAGUGGAGUCAGAAGGAGAUGAUAUGGAGUCACUUCUUUACCACUUUCUGGAUGACUGGCUCUUCAAAUUCAGCGCCGAUAUCUUCUUCAUCCCACGGGAGGUGAAGGUGUUACACAUUGACAGAAUGCGCUACAAGAUCCGCUCAAUAGGUUGGGGUGAAGAAUUCAGCAUCAAUAAGCACCCACAGGGUACAGAAGUCAAAGCCAUCACCUAUUCUGCAAUGCAGAUUCAUGAGACAGAACAGCCAGAGAUCUUCGUCAUCAUCGACAUCUGAACAAACAUUAAUUAAAAAAUAAAUGAAAUACCUCGUAAACUAACAUGACAAGUUUCUACCUUCUAGAAAUGCACAUUUUUUGGAAACUCCUGUUGUACUGCGUGGCUAAAAUACUAUGAAUUUGACAGAUUUUCAACAUUAAUAUUCGAAUGCUUUUAUUUUCUGAUUCAGAAACUCAUCUAUACAAAAACACAUCAUACAGAAUAAUGAUUGAUUUAGAUCAGCUUUGGUCUUGAUUUUGCUAUUUAAAUAAAGAUUUAUAAAUGUUUGUAUUGAUUAAAAAUGCUUUAAACAUGACAGAAAUAAAAUAUAAAAGCAGUUAAAAGUUUAUUGAAAUGCUUUCAUUUUCUGAUCUAGAGUCUUAUCUAUACAAAAAGAAAUACUGCUGAUGCAGGAUAAUGUUUGCUUGUUAUGCGAUUGGUCUUGAUUUUGCAAUUUCGAUUAUCAUUUUUUAAAUAAUUUGUGUUGAUUAAAGUUUUUAAUUUUUAAAAUUCAACUCUGAAACUGGACUGACACUGUUUCAGUUUACUAGAACUUCUAUGUUAAGCUGCUUUGACAAUCUACAUUGUAAAAAUACUAUAGAAAUAAAGAUGAAUUGAAUAUUA